GGUGAGGAACCUAUGCCUCUAUGUCAGGGGAAAGGAAAGAUCUGAUCCCUGGAGUUCUCUUUUGGUGGCUUAUGGCAUUUGGAGGCUAAGUGAGACCUGGAAUACAAAAGCCACAUGGAGAACUGGAGGAGAGGUGUACUGCAGUCUUAAUGGCUCUGGGGUCCCACCGCCCAGGAAUGGUCAUUGUGAAGCUGUGGGACAGAUCCGAUCUGCAUAGCCUUCCCCCGAGGAGCCUCUUGGUGGCAGUGGGGAAACUUAACCUCUACCACGGUACAGCCACCUACAUUGGUGCUACAUGGAAUUAUAUCAUACGCCUGCUGAGGAUGGCUGAGGAGGAGGAGGACAUGUUGGCCAUGUGUCAUGUGCUCAGCAGAUUGGUUGUCAGUGCCCGGAAGCAUCUGGAACUGGGCUCUAAGGACAAUGAAGAGAUGGACAUAUCCCCUGAGACAGCGUCCAUCAAGGCCUACCACACCCUUCGGGUUCUGUUCAACCGUUGGCCCCUGAAGAACAUGAAGAAGGUGGCAGAGCAGGUACUGGUGAUAACAGGCCAUCUCUUCUUCCUCAUGUCACCAAACAAACUCAAGAACCAAGUGAACUGGUUAACUCAACGAUUAAUGACUUUGUUGUCAGGAAACUUGAAGCCUUUCUAUAUUUCCCAGUGUAUUUGUCAACUCUUGGAUGCUCUGGCUCUCAGUGGCUAUGGAGGAGUCAACUUGCUGUCACAGCUGGAAAAUGUUACAGGCAUGCUGUUCAAGCUGGUGAGUGAAAAAAUCACCAACAUAGAUCCUCAUUCUGUGCAGAACCACAACCUUUCCCUGAGGGCUUUCUCCCUGCUGACCAAGUUGUACAAUGAUCAGAUGGUAUUUUUAAUACGAAAGACCAUGGAAUCCAAGGAUCCAGCCAGGGUUGUGUCAGCCCUUCAGGUCUUCCGGGAUGUAUUCCAUGUUGUGCCCCAGACAAAGAAACUACAGAAUGAGGUGAUAAAUUCUGUCAUCAUCGUGAUACAGGAGGAUUUCAAGACAGUGAGCAGAGGAUGA